AUGAUGAUUCCGCACCGGAGCACUGGCCUUUUGGCUAUCAUUGUUUUUGUUGCACUUCUCCUGUUCAUCUUCUCUUCAUCACCUGUCCCAGAGCCCGUCGUUGAGGGUGGCGCAGGGGAGGCUGAUGGACAGGUUAAAGUGUUUCCUCGACCUCAGCUGCCUUCGUUAAGCGAUCUUCACCUACCGUCGUUCCGAAAGCCUGCUCACGAAGCACCUCCGGAGCAGAGCAACAGCACCCGCGGAGAAUCAAAAUGGUUUAGCAACUGGGAGUGGCUCAACCCAUUUUCAUCCGCAAUAACGUUGGACGAAAACCGCUCGGUCCUGCCUCCAUUGCCGAACCGCCGCCCGAUCUACACCUAUUACAACCCCAACUAUAAUCCCAGGAAACAUUCGGGCAAGGAGCAGAAGGAAGACCGCGGCGCCGACGCAGAACUGCUUCUCGCUUGGCGGAGAGCUUGGUAUGCACAGGGCUUCAGACCAGUGGUCUUGACCCCUGGCGACGCUAUGAAGAAUCCCCAAUACGAAAUAGUGCAGAAGCUGAAACUCGGCCCUGAGUUGGAGAAUGAGGUGUUCCGGUGGUUGGCCUGGGGGCACAUGGGAUCAGGUCUUAUGGCCGAUUUCGAGUGCUUUCCUAUGGCACGAUAUGACGACGGGCUUUUGACCAUGCUCCGAAGGGGUAGCGAGCAGGAAGUCAUCAUCCGAUUCGAAAACUUCCAAGGUGGCCUCUAUUCCGGAGAGAAGCACCGCAUUGAUGCGGCAAUCGAUGCCGCUGUGAAGAAGUUGCGAGAGGACUCAGCUAGCUUUAUCGAAUUGAUCCCCCCUGAAUUCUUCAAGCCUGAAAAACCGACUGCGCUUGCCUACUAUAAGUCUUCGAACAUCAACACUCAUUACCCAUCUCUCCAUGAAAAGAUCAGCCACAACCCGUCCAACGGCCGCCGCUUGCUUGCGCAGUUGAUCAACGCGCAUCUGCACAAUACUUUCCAGAACUCGUUCCCAGCCGGUCUGGCAGUCCUCAAACCUUUCCCUCAGCAUACCACCGCCUUGGUUGAGCCAGCCUUGCGCCUAGCAAAGUCACUCACCCAGUGCCCAGAGUCCCCCGAUCCUUCAUCUUGCCCACCGAAUGUUCCUGACUGCCGUCCCUGCAGCUCUUCGAAACAGCCGAUGGUGAUUAGCCAGCCAUCUACGUACAAGAAGACGAACUUCUUGUUCACAAUCGGCACUCUUCCACAUCCAUACACUCUCAUCAGCCUGCAGAAGGGCUCAAAUGAGAUCUCGACGCGCCAGAUUCGUCGGGAAACUGAACGUGACGCCUGGGUGAGCGAGGUGACAAAGGAGGAUCUUGGUUCUGAGAUGGGCAGCUCUUACCGAGGUAUGGCAUUCAAGCAGGUUGUUGCUGGCGAGCAAUCUAUCGCCACCUCUCUAUGGAUGACUGUGGAAUCCUUACCUGCGGAGGCAGGCCAAAGCCUCCCACCUGAACUCCUGGACGAGUUUGAAUGGCAACUAGGGUUCAAGAUCCCCCGUGUUGGAGCCACUGACCCCAAGAAGGCCAAUGAGAAGGAAAGCAUGCAAAGCAAGAACCCGAGCCAGCAAGGCGUACAACAUGAGUAUGAGAUCAUUUCCAAAGCUCGGGAAAUCCUGAACACCGCCAAGGGCGAGGGUGUCAACAUGAAGGAUGUCGCCGAAGCUUGGAAUAUGGCAGACACCGAAGUGUGGCGCUUUGUCAAAGCCUACCGCGCCCGGAGUGUUGUCGAGCGACAAAAAUGGGAGGAAGAGGAAAAGAACUUCGCCGGCUCCAAAGUAUGA